UUUCUAUUCUCAGAUAUGGCCUCUUCAUUUUUGGGAUCUAGUGAAGACGGGGUAUCCUGUCCCCUGUGUAUCAGUGUGUACAAAGAUCCAAGGACAUUGCCGUGUGGACACACAUUCUGCUCAAACUGCUUGCAAAGGCACAUAUCUGCCUCUAUCGGUCCUGGUAAAACCUUCAGAUGUCCCAUGUGCAUGCAUUCCAUCAACAUCCCAGAUGAUAAGAAAGAAGCCAACACGUGGGCCACACAGUUUCCCCUCAAUGUGGCCUUAACCCACGCCAUAGAUGAAGUGAAGCAGUUGAAACAACGUGAUGCCUCCUCCGCACAAAAACAGCCACUAAAAAAUGCUUUACAGUUAGUCUGCAAGAUGCUGCGAUCAUUUUGCGGAAUUCUUGACGAUAACAUCAAGUCUGAGUUAGACAGAUUACAAUCUGGUCUGGCAGUCAGUGCGGUGGAGGUGUCUGCAGAGAUCGACCGGAGAGGGGCGGAGAUAAUCCAGAAACUGACACAAACAGUCCACGCAGAGCAGGACAGGCUGAAGAAAUAUUUAGAAACUUCUGUUGCAGCUACUAACAAUGACAUUGGCACGAUAUUCACUACAGAUAAACAUUUGUUAAAUAUCGGAAAAGAAAACUUAAAACUGGGCGAAAACCUCAUAAAAUCAGGGUUCAAUUCUGACAUCAAAAGAAAUCUUUCUAAAUUACAAAAAAUAGCUUUAGAAAUAUCGGAAACAAAUCCUAAAACUAAAAUUCCCAAGUUGAAAAUUACUUUGACCAACUCGAAAAAGAAAAACACUGAAACCUUUUCUGUUGACAUUGGAGAAUUAUUAAAACCCGACAUAAAAUCUCUGACAGACAAACUGACACUGACAGACACCUGGACAGACAGGCAGACAGACAGACUGACACUGACGGACACCCGGUCAGAUAGGCAGACAGACAGACUGACACUGACACAGACAUUUCACACAAAGAUAUCAUCAGAUAAACGUGAUCCUGAUCUAUAUUCCAUCGCGGUGCUGGGAGAGGAAAGAUCUAAGAAAAUAUUUGUAAGUGAUUUUACCAACUCCUGUGUAAAAUAUUUUCCUGCUGAAAACUUUAAACUGUUUAUUAAAUACGAUCUUCCCGGUCAACCAUGCGGCCUUGCUAGAUCACGUGACCAGCAGGUUGUUGUCGUCCUGCCAAAUGAACGUCAAAUAUUAUAUCUGGAUAUACAAGAUGACAUCCGCCUGACAAACACACUGAACACUGGGAAACAGUACGACUUCCUAUCAGUGUUACCUAGCAACCGUCUGGCGGUCAGUGGUGGUGGGUGUGUAGACAUACUGGAUGAGGGGGGUCGCGUCAUUCAGUCUCUCCCCCACGACUUGAUCCCCCGCCCCUCGUGUCUCACAGUGAAAGGCGACUCUCUGGUUGUUGUAUCAGAGAAAAACAGUUUGAAAUGUGUGACGUCAUCAGGACGCGUCACAUGGCAGUCACGUGAUUCAGCAAGGCUACGUAAUCUACUCGGUGUCGCGUUUGACAUGGAAGAGUUUGUUUAUGUUUGUGACCAGGAUGGAUUGUCCAGACCUGAGUUUGUCUGUUGUGACCAGGAUAAACUCUAUGUCGCCCAGGAAGAUGGACGCAUUAAAAUAUUUAGAUGGCUGACAGCCAACCCGUGAAACUCUUCAGACUGAAUUUGUGUUUGUGAAACGAGAUGGUUUAAAAUGACGAAAGAGAUCAAAUACUUUAACACUUUUAGUAAAUGUCUGCUCAAACUUCUGAUAAUUAAUACAUUAGUUAAUUAAUUCUCAAAAUCUAAUUAAAAACAAUGUCUGGUAAUAUUAUACACAAAAGACAAUUACAAGUUUUAUAUUAACACAGUAUUAAUUUACGAAUUAAUGUUAAAUGAAUGAACAACAUAAAUCUGAAGCUGGUGAUGUGGUUUCUUGUAUUGUACUUUCCAAACAUGAAAUGU